AUGCGCGCAUUCAUCGUCUUGUGUUUGGUGGCAGUCGCCUGCGCCGAUAAGCUCGGCUACAACUACCAGCCCGUGGGGCACUCCAACUCCGGCCUGUCUUUCGCUCCUGGCAGCGGCAGCAUCGGCGGUGGUAGCAUCGGCGGCGGCAGCAUUGGAGGUGGCAGCAUCGGCGGUGGCAGCAUCGGCGGUGGCAGCAUUGGAGCUGGCAGCAUUGGAGGUGGCAGCCUCGGCGGUGGAAACCUCGGUGGUGGCCUCAUUGGUGGCGACUCCGGUCUGGGCGGCCUCGGUGGUCUGUCUGGCGAUUCUCUGAACGCUCCCGUCUCCUACAACGCCCCUGCCCCUACUGCCGAGCUCGAGAAGGAGUUCUUCACUUUCAGCGCCAACGAACAGGACUUCGAUGAGCCCCAGGCUUUGGAGCGCGUUUCCGGUUCAGUCAACAAGGGACUGCGCGUCGUCUUCAUCAAGGGACCCGAGAACCGUGGUCUGGAGAACGCCGCCCUGGCCCUGGCCAAGCAGGCUGCCCAGCAGGAGACCGCCAUCUAUGUCCUGAACAAGCAGGCCGAUAUCGGAGAUCUGGCCAACAAGCUGAAUGCCAUCCGCAGCAACAACAACAACAAGCCCGAGGUGCACUUCGUCAAGUACCGCACUCCCGAGGACGCUGCCAACGCCCAGCGCGCCAUUCAGUCGCAGUACGAUCAGCUCGGUGGCACCUCCUCGGCCACCGAUGGUGGUGUUGCCCCAGCCCUGAACUUCGCCUCCGCUGGUCCAGUGCGUCAGGCUACUGCCCAGAGCCCUGACAACUCCUACCUGCCAACUUCGGUCUUCCGUCGCCUGCGUUUCUAAAUGGAUUCCUGGACUUAGCUUAAGUGUGAACCGACUGAAGAAACUUCACUACCGACUCUUCUUGUUACAAAUUGUUGA